AUGGCUGCGCAGGGCUCCCCCGAACCGCCGCCGGCCCUGUUCGUGCGUGCCAUGUACGACUAUGACGCCGACGAUCACACCAGUCUCAGCUUUAGACGAGGCGACGUAAUUCAGGUGUUGAACCAACUCGAAACUGGCUGGUGGGACGGAGUGAUCAAUAACAGUGUGAGAGGCUGGUUUCCGAGCAACUAUUGUACCGUGAUCACCGACCUUAGCGAGAUCGAGGAGGAGCAGGUUUCACAAGGUCGCGACGAAGAGGACGAUGCUAUUGUGGAUUCAGGAGCUGGGGAGGACUACGGAGAGGAACAAGAGGCCGAUGAAGUGGAAUCGAGACGCAACUCGCGCGAUUCGCAGCCGAUCUUGCCGAUCGAGGGCGCAACAGCGCCCAAGGAACAGGAAGAGGCCGCGUUCUGGAUCCCGCAAGCCACUCCAGACGGCCGCUUGUUCUACUUCAACACCCUCACUGGCUAUAGCACGAUGGAAUUGCCAUUCGAGAACCCAACGGUCAACGAGACCGGCCCCUACGAUAGAAAUACCGUCAUAGUGCCUGAUCAGACUCGGCCUCCCCCGGAACUAAUGGCUCGCGGGUUCGAACGCGAUGAGGACGACUACGAUGGUUCGGCAUCCGAAGCGGAGGGUGAGUCUCUGAUGUUGACUUCUCGUGAUUCAAUGUCUCGAAGGCGCCAGUCAUAUCUCGAUGGAGUCUCGCCCGCAACAUCCAUGGACUCUUUGCACCCGCCGUCCGCUACGAAAUCCAUCAGUGAUGAUAAGCUUUCAUAUCAAGCGAUGCGGUGCGCGCAAAACUUCUACGGAGGCGCCCCGCCAAGUAGCAACAAUUCCAUUUCCGAUAAUAUCCACCGUCCUUCGGUCUCUUCGGAAGUCCCCUCGCAUUUCGUUGAUGACGGUGCUUCGACUGUCCUGACCUGGCCCUUGCUUGUUGAAAACAUGCGACAGGCAGUGGAAACCUACCGGCAGACGCUGUUGAAUGGCGACCGAUCGGAGUAUGUGCGAAAGGCAGAAGACAUCUCUGACCAUCUUCGUAUGUUGCUGGCAGCUGGCUCGGACACGACCGACAAUCAUUCUGGCAAUCCGUCGAUCAUAUCCACCAACAAAACUCUCUAUCCCCAUUUCCGAGAUAUGAUGUCCAAAUUCUCCAAGUUGGUGCUCUCGUCGCACAUUGCGGCAGCGGAUUGGCCAGGUCCAGAUUCUGUCAACAAGUGCCUGCAGGAGGCGGAUGGCGUGAUGCAAGGAGUUUAUGGAUUUGCCGAAGUUGCAAGGCAGCAGCGCGGUGAUUCCAUAAAUCGCAUCGUGCCAGGCUUCGUGGGUGGGAGUCAUUCGGGUGGCUACUGGCAGAACAACGGUGUCCUUCUUAGUGAGCCGAGCCCGACUUCAUUCUUGGAUCAGGACGGAAGCGACCUGCGAGCAGAGCCGUCCGUGCCCCUUGACGCGGCCCUGCUAGACAAAAUUGAUAUCCUCAGGAGAAACUUUGUUGGCAGCAUCCGUCGCCUGGAAGAACGUUUGACACUUAAUCAGAAGAAGAUUGUGACCAUUGUGGAACACGAGAAUAUUGGCAAUCUGGUUUCGGCUGCUGCUAUCAAGGUUGUUGACCAGUACCGCCCGUGGAUUUCCGCUGUCGAAUCGAUCAACUUGGCGCCUCUCGGAACCGGCUUUCAGAACCCCCAACUCGUCGACUUCAGUUUGCAGAAGCAAAGGGUUUACGAUGCAAUUGCCGAUUUCGUUGUAAGCUGCCAAGCAGUCACAGCACCCCUCGGAGAUGAGUGGGCUGAACUACGCGGCGAUUCCUUGGAAGAUCGGUUGAAUGCGGUUCGCAGCGUCGCGAGGCAGCUAGAGAACUUCGUUUCACAAAUCGGAUUUUCGCUAUCACUCCUUCUCGAACAGGUUCCUGAGCCCACAUCAGUCUUCCGCAGCGAGAGUCGCUUAGGCGGAGAUGGUGAAAAAUCGAAAGGCAUCCAUAGUCGCGCAGCGUCUCAAACCAGGAUAGCGACGGAAUCCAUCGGUAUCCCGUCCUCCUACUCCAUUGAAAACUCGACUGAGAAGGUACGACGCAACAUGGACAAGGCGCAGAGAUUCUUUGGGCAAGCGCCACCAGCUGCGAUUCCACGAGAAUCCGUACGUGAGCCAGUUCGCGAGCCAGAAGAGACACCUUGGUUCUUGAAGAUGGAUCAUGAAGGCGAGGUAUUCUUCGAUACGAAGAAUGACAACCCCACCCUCAAAUGUGGCACUCUAGCAGGUCUCGUGGAACAAUUGACGCGCCAUGACAAGCUUGACGCUUCCUUCAACAAUACUUUCCUUCUCACCUACCGUUCUUUUACUACAGCCAAAGAGCUCUUUGAGCUGAUUACCCAAAGGUUCAACAUCCAGCCCCCAUUCGGCCUGAACCCAGACGAGAUGCAGAUGUGGGUCGAUCGGAAACAGAAGCCCAUCCGCUUCCGCGUUGUCAACAUCUUGAAGAGUUGGUUCGAGAAUUUCUGGAUGGAACCCAAUGAUGCGGCGCAUAUGGCUUUACUGGAGCAUGUUCACUCGUUUACCAAGGACUCGAUUGCAACCACUAAGACGCCAGGGUCACCACAGCUCCUGGCAGUGAUUGAGCAAAGACUCAAGGGUCAAGACACGACUGUCAAGCGCUUGGUUCCCACACAGGCAACCGCAGCCCCGACACCAAUAAUACCUAAGAACAUGAAGAAGAUGAAGUUCCUGGACAUCGAUCCGACUGAGUUUGCUCGACAGCUCACUAUCAUUGAAUCACGUCUUUAUUCGAAAAUUCGGCCUACGGAAUGUUUGAAUAAGACCUGGCAGAAGAAGGUGGGGCCAGAAGAGGCCGAACCGGCUGCUAAUGUCAAAGCCCUCAUUCUCCAUUCCAACCAGUUAACGAACUGGGUCGCUGAAAUGAUCCUUACUCACUCCGAUGUCAAGAAACGGGUGGUUGUGAUUAAGCACUUCGUCAAUAUCGCGGAUAAAUGUCGCGCCCUCAACAAUUACUCCACCUUGACUUCCAUCAUCUCCGCUUUAGGAACGGCGCCGAUUCAUCGUCUAGGACGCACAUGGUCUCAAGUUAGCGGACGCACAUCUACGGUACUAGAGCAAAUGCGUCGCCUCAUGGCGAGCACAAAGAAUUUCGGCGAAUACCGGGAGACCUUGCAUCUGGCUAACCCACCUUGCAUUCCAUUCUUUGGGGUCUAUCUCACCGACCUGACAUUCAUUGAAGAUGGUAUCCCAUCAUUGACACCAUCGGAGCUGAUCAAUUUCAACAAGCGCGCGAAAACGGCAGAAGUGAUUCGUGAUAUCCAACAAUAUCAAAACGUCCCGUACCUUCUACAACCGGUUCCCGAGUUGCAAGAUUACAUCCUUAGUAACCUGCAAGCGGCAGGCGACGUGCAUAAUAUGUACGACCGAAGUCUGGAGGUGGAGCCAAGAGAGAGGGAAGACGAGAAGAUCGCGAGACUCCUGUCUGAAUCGGGCUUCCUGUAA